AUGCUGCUCCUGGUGCUGGCCCCGCUGUUCACGGUAGCCCAACGGACCAACUUCCCCGUCCUUUUCGACGGUCGUCUCGCUCACAGUGGUUUCUUUCAACUUCUGGCGUCUUCUGUUUUGUAAACCGAAAGAUUUUCCGGAUGGCUAGAGCUAUUCACUGUAGAUGAGGGCGGAACUAUUGGAAACUUUUCAUUUUCAAAGAUCUUUGAUAUGUUCAGACACGGCGAGGUGCUACUCCUGCAUGUCGCGCCUGUACGAAGCCGUUUGGCCAUCGCUGUCGCACAUUUACAAGAGACCGCGCAAUUUCACAGGUUUGUCUUCUGGAUCCUCAAAAUUAUAUAUUCAUUUUUACAAGUGUAUCAUCGCUUUCCGAAUAAGUUCUUGUAUAGAAUAUUAUGUGUCUUACAAGCUUGUGGAAACAUGAAUAAAUUCAAGUAAGAAAAUAGAGAGAAAUCGAUUUUUUUUUGUAGAGAAGAUUUUAUAUGUCUAUUUUCACAUGAAUCCGAUGUUUUUCUAUAACAACUUUGUUGUAUAGUGCGAAUAUAUACAACUGUUAGUUACUAACUAUUUACUUCAAAUCAAAAAGUAAAAACGAAGACAACACAAUGUAGGGAAGCAAUCGCGGAACGCGAUUGCGCAGAAAGUGGAACUGUGA